AUGGAAAUGCAGAAAGGAACUGAGCUUUGUUUUCCAGAAUUCCUCAACACUUCCUGCAGGAAGCCAACACUUCACUGGUCCAAAGCUGUGCUGCUGAACAUUGUGCUGUCCUGCAUCUCUUUGAUCACUUCUGCUCUAAACCUUCUUGUCAUCAUCUCAGUCUCCCACUUCAGGCAGCUUCACACACCCACUAACAUCCUGCUCCUCUCUCUGGCUGUCUCAGACUUUCUUGUGGGUCUCCUGUUGAUGCCAUUAGAAAUCUUUAGGAGCACAGCCUGCUGGGUACUUGGUGAUCUUAUGUGUUCUGUUUAUUGGUAUCUGACCGGCAACAUUAUCUGUGCUUCAAUAGGGAACAUAGUUCUGAUAUCACUUGACCGCUAUGUGGCAAUUUGUGAUCCUCUGCAUUACCCCACCAGAAUUACUGUGGCAAGAGUCAAAGUCUGUGUUUGUCUGUGUUGGUUUUUUGCUAUUUUCUACAGCAGUGUCUAUACAACAGACUUCCUAAUUGACCCAGGCAGGUAUAAUUCUUGCUAUGGAGAAUGUGUGUUUGUCAUCAGUGUCAUUGCAGGCAUUAUUGACCUCAUUAUAUCUUUUUUUGUUUCAGUUACUGUUAUCAUAGUUCUAUAUAUGAGAGUAUUUGUGGUGGCUGUGUCUCAGGCUCGUGCUAUGCGCUCUCAUGUUACAAGUGUCACAGUUCAGCGUUCAUUGAAUCAAACAAACAAAUCUGAGUUAAAAGCAGCCAGGACUCUUGGAAUUCUUGUAGUUGUGUUUCUACUUUGUUUCUGCCCGUAUUACUGUGUCUCUCUUGUAAGAGAUGAAAAUAGCUCAAUUGCCUCCACAGUUAUAAGUGUGUUUUUUUUAAACUCCUGUUUAAACCCUUUGAUCUAUGCUAUGUUCUACCCUUGGUUUAGAAAAGCUGUGAAACUAACUGUCACUCUACAGAUCCUCCAGACUGGCUCCUGUGAGGUCAGUAUACUGUAG